UCAAAAGGGGCCGUCCUGUCAAUUUCUCAGUCGGUCGCCAUGAUUAAUGUUAUUCAAGUGUGUGGACGAAACUUAUUACGCUCACGCAGCACCGUCCGAGUGGCUAAUAAAACCUUCUAUUCUGCACAAAUGAGCAAACGCGUGGCGGUGGUUUUGGCGGGCUGCGGGGUCUACGACGGCAGCGAGAUCCACGAAGCUUCCGCCAUUCUGGUGCAUUUGAGCCGUGGGGGCGCAAGUGUAGGUGAAACGUGAAGGUGAACAUGUUCGCUCCCAACGUGGAGCAGAUGCAUGUGGUGAAUCACGUAACAGGCGAACCUACGCAGGAGAAGAGGAACGCGCUGGUGGAGAGCGCCAGGCUGGCCCGUGGAAACAUCCAGGACCUUUCCAAACUUAGCGUCAAAGACCAUGACGCCAUCAUCUUCCCAGGUGGUUUUGGGGCGGCAAAGAAUUUGUGCACAUGGGCGGUGCAGGGUAAGGACUGCUCGGUCAACGGUGAGGUCAAAGCGGUGUUGGAGGCUUUCCGCGGCGAGGGCAAACCCAUCGGCCUCUGCUGCAUCUCGCCUGUGCUGGCAGCCAAAGUGUUUCCUGGAUGCGAAGUCACCGUAGGCCUGGAGAAUGAUGACAAGUACCCCAACACGACAGACACUGCAGCCAACAUCAACCAGCUGGGCUGCAAGCACGUGAGCACAAGUGUGAGCCAGAGCCACGUGGACCACAAGAAUAAGCUGGUGACCACCUGUGCCUUCAUGUGCGACGCGCCCAUCCACGAGGUCUUUGACGGAAUCGGCUCCAUGGUACAGGGCGUUCUCAAGCUAGCCUGAAUAUGCCAAGCUAGCUCAUACGUGAUGAAGAAAAAUGUGUUUUAACUAACCUUAUUGCUAACGCUUGCUGCUAACGCUAAAUCAAGCCUAAAUAGUGGUAGGAAAUCCUAAAGUUUAUGACAUAAACACUUCCACGUAAAACAUACAACAUGCUUCACUCCUUGGUAUAGGUUUUGUCCACGGAAAUAUUAUACUACUACUCAGUGGCUGCAAUCAAAUUUUCCGCAGGGUAUUUUUGAGCAGUGUGGGAAUAGAGUGGCAGAACUAGAGAAGUUUGUGAUUGGACAAGAGUGAGAAAUAAGACAAAACCAGACAGUAGAAAUUACAAAUCUAUCCACUGUCUAAUGGUGUGUUAGUGUACAAAUGCAAUAAAUGUAUCAAAGAUUA